AUGAAUAAUGAACAGUUCCGCAAGUUAAUACUUCCAAAUUCGAAGCCAUCACCAGACUCCAAGAAUGGCCCGUCUCCUCCUACCUCAACGGCUAGCCGUGGCGCAACACUCGGAUCCCGCCAACGAUCGAGCAUACCCAUGACGCCGCGGUCCGUCGCGAGUCAUCAGAACGAUUUUGCCCGGCAACUUGCAGAACGGAACCAAUCAGACCGAGCGCAGAAAAGGUUCAAAACGUCGGCGCCGAAAGGGGUCAAGCUGGCGGAAGGGUAUGUCGACCGCGCGCAAAACCGAGAGACUACGGAAAACGAUGAUCGAGAAGCGAGAUUAAAAGCCCUCGAAGAGUCGCUCAAGAAAGAGGAGAUUGACAAGGAAACCUAUGAGCAGCUACGGUUUCAGAUCGCUGGAGGCGACUUGGAAAGCACACAUUUAGUCAAGGGACUCGACUUUAAACUUCUCGAGAGAAUACGGAGAGGAGAAGAUGUGUAUAGCGGCAAGCCAUCAGAUUUGACGAAAUCACCGACAGGAGACGACGAAGACGUAGACGAUGCCUUUGACGAGCUCGAGACACAAGAAGUCCAUGCCAUUGAAAGGGAACAGGCUGCAAAGAAAAAGGGACAGUUAUCUACGGUUGUCACGGGCAAGAAAAGAACAAGAGACCAAAUUUUGGCCGAUAUGAAGGCAGCCAGAGCCGCAGCAAAGGCGCAAGCCGAGCCUGCCCUGGGUGACCGAUUCCGCAAGAUUGGCACGACGCAAAAACUCGGCACUCGCAUUGAGAGAGAUAGCAAAGGUCGAGAGGUACUGAUUAUUGUUGACGCUGAUGGUCAUGAAAAGCGCAAAGUUAGAAAACCACAGCCAGGCGAAGAGGAGCAGCCAAGGAGUGAUUUGCCCAUGCCCGAUAAAGAUGCAAUGCCACUGGGCAUGGAAGUACCCGAGCAAUACAGGAAGACAGAAGAGCCAGAUGCUGAAGAUGAUGGAGAGGUCAACAUUUUUGAUGACGUUGGGGAUGACUACGACCCAUUGGCUGGCAUGGACGAGUCGGGGUCAGAUUCGGACUCGGAGCCCACGAAGAAAACAACGACUGACAAUGACGUUUCACAAGACAAGUCAGAGACAAAGUCAACAUCAAUGCCGCCGCCUCCAAGACCGCAAACAAGUACCAGAAACUAUUUUCAAGAUUCCAAGACACGACUCAUAUCGGAAGAGGCAGGGGACCGCGCGCCAUCCAUGUCAGACCCAGCGAUCAUGGCGGCCAUCAAAAAGGCCGCAGCAUUACGUCCAAUUGAGACAGAAGACGAUGAUGACGAAUCUCGUGAGGAGAAGAAGGCGGCUGAAGAGCGGAGAAAGAAGUUAUUACAAAUGUCUCAACGAGACGACGAUGACCUUGAUAUGGGCUUCGGAACCAGCAAAUAUGAAGACGAAGAGGACUUUGAAGAUCACAAACUAAGUUCCUGGGGCGACAAUAACGAUGACGGAGAAGGGGGCAGUAGCCGAAAUGCGCGAGGUGGUCGCAAAAAAGGGUCAAAGAAGCGUAAGGGCGAUGGGAAAGAGGCUGAAGACUUUCUUCGGAUGAUGGGCUCCCGGAAGGCGUGA